UUUUCCUUAAAAAUAGAUCAAGUGAAAUUCUGUGACUUGAUCACACGUGUAUUAUUCGCAAAAAAGCUAGUCAAUAGAAGAACUAGAUAGAGAAAAAAAAUGAAUCGUAGCAAAGAACACAAGUCACGGGCUCCGAACCCAAUAUCAAAAGCAUCGUUUUUGUCAAAAUUAACAUUUUGGUGGCUGAAACCGAUGUUUGCGAUCGGUAUGAAUCGUCCAAUCGUUGAAGAUGACAUCUACGCCGUCACAAACAGCAUGCGAAGCGAUCAAAACACGGAACAAUUCGCAAAACUAUGGGAAUCGGAAGUGAUGAAAAAGAAUCCAAGCAUUUUGCGUGUAAUGUUCAAAAUACAUGGAUGCAAAAUAUUUACAUUUGGCCUGUUAUACACAAUUCGAGAAACAUUAGCGAAAUUAAUUCAGCCAAUAUGUCUGGGCGGUUUGGUUAGCUAUUUUGCUCAAAAGGAUUCGUUGGGCAUUACAUUGGAUGAUGCAUAUUGGUAUGCAUCGGGAAUCGUAUUAUCAACCGCUUUCAUAACUCUUACAUAUCAUCCGUACAUGCUAUACAUGUUUAAAACGGCGUCCAAAGUGCGAGUAGCGUGCAGUGGAUUGAUUUACCAGAAAUCCUUGCGCCUGUUGAAGUCAUCAGCCGAAGAAGGUCAAAAUGGAAAAAUUAUCAAUUUACUGUCGAACGAUGUGGCACAGUUAGACAGAGCCUUGGCGUAUUUACCUGAUGUUUUGAAAGGUCCUCUACAGGCAUUGGUGUUCUUUGUUGUUAUUUAUAUGGAAAUUGGUGUUGCUGCCAUUGCUGGUAUGGCGUUUUUGAUCAGUUUCAUCCCACUGCAAA